GGGACAGUGUCAUACCUAGUGGAAUCAGCUGCUGAUUACAAUUUCACCAAAAGUUUUUAAUAACUAGAAAUCGCGGGCUGGUAAAAGUUUUUUCACUACCAUGUCAAAGAAAAGGUGCCUAUUUACCGAAAAACUGAAAGCCGAGUACGGCUUCCUUAAAAGUGAGAAUGAAUCGAAAGUGGCAUGCACAAGUUGCAAAGGCGUUUUUUCCAUUGAAUCAAGAGGAAGAGCUGACAUCGAGAGGCACUUACAAUCAAGUAAACACAAAGAUGCUAUGAAAGGUACACAGCAAGCAUUUAUUUCGGAAUUUUUUAAAAAGCAAAACGUAGCAAAUGACGAUCUCCAAUGCAUUGCCAAGGAAAUGACAUUUGCAUAUCAUUGCGCCAAACACCAUUUAAGUUUUAAUGCGUCCGAUUGCUGCUCAAAAUUAAUUAAAAAGUUUUACGAUAAAAAGUUUAGUGCCGGAAAAACAAAACUAGAAGCAUUGCUGGUUGGAGUAAUUGGCCCGCAUAUAUUUUCAGAAGUCUUAAAAGAGCUAGAAAUUGCGCAUUUUAUAACUAUUUUAAUAGACACUUCCAACAGAAAAGAUGUUAAGAUUCUACCAAUUAUGGUAAGAUAUUUCAGUUUUAAAUCUGGUGUAAAAACCAAACUACUUCAAAUAAACAGUAUACCAGGCGAAACUUCUGACAUUAUAUUAGAAUACGUUUCAACCGCCAUACAGAAGUAUAGCCUUAGUGAAAAAGUGGUUGCUUUAUCAGCCGAUAACACUAAUACAAAUUUCGGUGGCGUAUCUCGGCAGGGACAGAAAAAUGUUUACAGGAAAUUAGAAACCAAAUUAGGACGGUCCAUCGUUGGCAUUGGAUGUUCGGCGCACGUAAUACACAAUACUGUACAAGCAGCAGCUGACAGUUUACCAGUGGAUCUGGAACUAAUAAGUGUGAAAAUUUAUAAGUUUUUCUAUAUUUAUACAGUAAGAAAUACUAAUUAAAAAAAUAUAUGUGACGAAGCUGAAAGUGAGUACAAAAAAAUAUUGUCUCAUGGAAAUACUCGUUUUCUAAGCUUACAACCGGCAAUAGGAAGAAUAUUGGAAAUGUUUGAUGCGCUCAAAAUUUACUUCAGCGAAAUAAAAAAUUGCCCACAUGCAAUUAAAUCAUAUUUUAAUGACCCUAUGAACGAGAUAUAUACUUUAUUUUUGCAUGGAAGCUUAUCUCUUUUUCAGAAUGCAAUCUUGGUUGUAGAA